AUGGUUCCCCGAUCCGAAGCCUCAGCCAAUUCAUUGAAGGAGGACAACCGCUGGUGCCUACGAUGCCUCGGUUUCUACACUGGCGUCUAUCCCAGGAAGCAAAAGCCGGUCGCGAACUACUAUUGUAAAAGAAACCUUAUGAAAUGCGCCAGAUGUGCCGAGGAUAAGGAUAAACGCUGUCUCAUGAUUCAGAAGGAGCAGUGGCCCGAAACUCUGGAGAUCAUUGAGAAGACCAGGCAAAUCAUUUUGGCAGAACAGGCUGAUGGCGAGAGCGAGAAGUUCGCCGGGGACCGGAAAGCCAUCAAAGACCUAUAUCGACAUGUUGAAAGAGUGACCAGGGCUUACCACAACACACAACUGCAAGACGAUCAUCAAUCAGCGGCUUCGGAUGAGGACACUCCAAUGGCCUACAACACGGCGUCUGACGAUGAAGUGAUGGGCGAGAUUCGGUGCGCCCCGAGCUUUGCAGGACCGAGUCGGAGCGGCCGUUCCUCCAACACAGCUGGCCUAAGGGUCUCGAAGGUAUUGGUUGAUAUCAAAAGAAUCGACGAGGAAAAGGCAGAAGCCUCACGCCGCCUGGGAAGAGAAGUCUGGAUUGCGGCACGGGACCCGCAAGCAAUCGGGCCUUCUGACCAAUUUCUUCGGCUCGUGGUUGAUGAGCUGCACCGUGACGCUCGUCAGGGCGAUGCUCGGCACGGUAUCUCUGACGCUUUCAAGGCUGUUGACAACGCUCACGAUGCCCGGGAGGACGCCUUCCGCCGGCUAGGAGACCUGGCUCUCGCCAUCAUGCCGGCCAGCUCCACGCUUGAGGGCAGGGGGAAGGGCCAGAAGCAACUUGAUAGUAGUGAAGGAGGCUAG